CAAAUCAAACAAGCUAAUCCCGAUCGAUCCAGGAAGAUCGUCAUGAUUCUUGUAAGUAAGGACCCUUCUCAAAUUAUGUUUAAUUUCUGGGUUUCUCACCGUAUUUCUAUUUUUCUCCAUCUGGGUAUAGUUGUAUACUUGAUUGAUUGCUUCUAUUUCAAUAGAUUUGUUGAUAAAUUUUGUCAAAUUUACCGUUCCUCGUAAGACCACUCUCGUCUUAGGGAUUUUGCAAGACAUUAUUAUAUAUCAGUACCGUUUAACUUUCGUGUUCAUCCAUAAAACCGUAUAACAGCGAGAAUAUGUUGAGAAGAACGAAAGAAUCUGGAUUUGUUUCAUUUCUAUUUUAAUGGGCUUUGUUUCCUAUUCCACUACAAGUUAAAAUAAGUUUGGGUUUUUGUUCUGUUGUUGGCUUUUGUUUCUGCCAUAAGUAUAAACCGAAGCUUGUAGGAAAGUGAAGUCUAAUAAUACAAAGUGGUUAUUGAUGAUCUUAUUGGUGAUAUGGCUAUCUCUACUUACUCUGUGUGCCGGGAGGCCAUUGUACUCACUCCCUGGUAAAGAACCUCACACUGUUAAGCUUCCACUUCAGACUUCACGUCCUUAUAACAUCGCACACAGAGGUUCCAACGGAGAGAUCCCUGAAGAAACUGCAGCUUCUUACUUGAGGGCAAUUGAAGAGGGUACAGACUUCAUAGAAACAGAUAUCUUAUCAUCCAAAGAUGGUGUGCUUAUAUGUUUCCAUGAUGUUAUCCUUGACGAAACAACUAAUGUUGCCACCCACAAGGAGUUUGCUGAUCGUGAAAAGACAUAUGAGGUGCAAGGAUUCAACGUCACUGGCUUUUUCCCUUUUGAUUUUACUCUCAAAGAACUGAUACGUACAAAACAGAGAUAUGCUUUUCGCGACCAGCAAUAUAACGACUCGCCCAAAGUCCUUCUAAUAGACGACAUAACGAUGCCAACACAAGACACUAACCAGACAUACGCAGAAAUCACAUCAGAUGCGUAUUUUAACUACAUUAAGCAAUAUGUUGUGGGGAUCGGACCAUGGAAGGAUACAAUUGUUCCAGUAAAUAACAACUAUAUGCUAGCCCCAACAGAUUUGGUCAAAAGAGCUCAUGCACAUAAUCUACAGGUAAUGUAGCCGAUGACUUUGGUGAUGAACAUUGUGAGUACCAGUGGAAUCCAGCUUAUAGUUUCUCAGAAACCACAUCAAGCUUUUCGCCAGAGAUAAACCGUAAGAACCAUGAUGAAGCCAGCCAAGAUUAUAUCGCAUCGCUCUGUGAGAACCCGGAUCCUACCACUGAUCAUAGAUACAUCUCUGAGAUUCUAUUAGCUUCGGGUCUUCUCCUCAGAGACCUUGGCUCAGGAUUGACAACCUUUCAGCUACACCCUUCUGGCCACCCAAUCAAUCCCGAGCUGUUCUUUGUUCUUGAGCAGACAAAGGGAAGCAGCACUAUGCAUUUACACAAAGAGGAAAGUAAGGUUCUGAAAAA